UCUCUCGGCCGGCCCUAGCUAUGGCGUCCCAAAGCAUCCCGGCCGGAGCACCGCCCGGUUUCCCUAAACCUACGAACUACCUUCCCGCCGCCGAUCUUCCCCGUGCCCUCGAACGCUGCCGCGUGCUGCUGGACGAGCUGCUGCAGCAUGAAGACGGGUGGGUGUUCGCCAAGCCGGUUGAUACAUACGAACCCGGACUCGGCGACUACCACUCCGAAAUCCGCCAACCCAUGGAUCUCGGCACCGUCCGCCGCCGCCUUGAACGGCGUCGCUACCAGAACCCGCUCUGCUUUGCCAGUGAUGUCCGGCGUACCUUCCGCAACGCCAUGACCUACAACUACAAGGGUGACGAUGUGUAUAAGAGUGCUGAUGUGCUCUCUCGCAUCUUCGAGUCAGGGUGGGCCUCCAUUUCUGCAACGCUCCAGUCGCCACCGCCGGUCGCCGAGCGUAGGGCAAGGCUCAAGGAUGAGCUGCCGCGGCUGCCGGUGGACUUGCAGGAGAAAGCGGCCGUCAUUAUGAAGGACGUAGGCGGGUGGAUCCAGGAGGUGGAUGGGAGGGUUGAGGUGGAUUUGGACAAGGCCGACGAGGCGACUCUUGACAAGCUCGAGUGGCUGCUCGCUCUCGCCACCAUGAGGAAGGAGGCAGGAGUGCUGGAUAAUCAAACUCGAUCUGGCGCCGCAUGAUUUUUCCGCCAUUAAUUGUCUCUCAGUUCCAGAAUGCUGUUGACUUAAACAUGGCUUCCCUCUUCUGCGGAUGAGCACCAGCAUGAUUUCUAAGAGGAUGUAACAUGGAUUUGUAUGAAUACCCCAGUGUCUGUUGUUAUUGUUGUUGUUGUUGUUGUGAUUUUGUUGGUAUGUUGGAAUUAGACUUUAGACUUGUGAUGAUACUGAAGAACUGCAAGGAUGUGUGGAACUCAUGUUGUUUGGAUUGUUCAUUAAGUAUAUGAUUUCGUGGGUGGAUUUUCUGCCGUCAA